UAUUAAAUACACUAAAAAGUUGUUAGUAAGUAAAUAUGUAUAUACAAAAAAGCUAAAAUGACAAACUUACAGAGAAAAAACCUGCCAUCUUGACCAUUCUCAUUGGUCCGUCAUUUAUCAGAGUUGACUAGCUACGGUAUUUUAUCAGGAAACCCGCUCUCAUUUUAUUGCCUCGGGGAACUGUCUUCCGCUGCUAAGACCUUCUCAACUCAAGAACCGGUGGCGCUGGGAGAAUUUGAGAGAGCUCCCCCGCGAAUCGGGUCGGAGGAAUGAAUUGUGUUCUUCGUCUUCUUCGUCUUCUCUUCGAUCCAUAGACGGAUACGGAAGAUCUUGCCAGAGCUUCAGUUCCAUGAAGAACAAACGGCCUAAGUCAGAUGAGCGAGAUAAAAGCGACGACGGUGAUUUAGAGGCGGAGGAAUGCGAUAUGGAGGUCUGGAAUAUGCUUAGGAAGAGCUUCCGUCAGGUGCAGUCUGUAUUGGAACAUAAUCGUUUGUUAAUCCAGCAGGUGAACGAGAAUCAGCAGUCGAGGAUCUCCGAUAAUCUGGUCAACAACAUCUCGUUGAUCCAUGAAAUUAAUGGUAAUAUCUCUCGUGUUAUCUCGAUUUACUCCGAUUUGUCUGCCAGUUUCCUCACUACAAUUCAGCAGAGGCGUUGUGUUACGGAGUCGAAAUCCGGUGAAAACAAUGGAGGUGGAGGAACUCACGAGUAAACACAGACACGACAGUGGAAACUAAGGCGGCGAUUCUCAGUAAUUCUGUUUUUCCUUGUCUUGAAAAGUAAUACUAUGUUCGAGACUUUUGAAAAGUUUGAUAGUGUGGAUCGUGUUUGUUUGGUUGUGCGAAAAUAAUGGAUCCUCUCGAGGACAAGUCAUGGCUUUGGUUUUAACUUAAUUUGUUCAUUUUGUG